AUGGAGUACGAAUUAAAUAAGUCUAAAGCAGUAGAGUUAUUAGAAAAAGAAUAUACUAAAGAUGUUUGGAAUAGUUUUCCACAGUUAGCUAAAAAUGGUUUAAUAGAAUUUAAACGUCAAGAAUUAAAUACAGAAUGGAGGAGUAAUAAUCUUUCACGUCAUUAUGAACGAAUGCGGAGAGCUGAAGAACAAGCUGAAAGAAUGUUGGAAGAUGAAAAACCUGAACGAGUAGGUUAUCUUAAAUCUUAUCAUAGAUUUAAAUCUGUUUCGUUAGGAUUUCAUGAGGAUUCAUUAUUAUUAAAUCAACCAGAACUUUUGGUGGAUAACAGAAUUAUAUCAUUCCCUAAAUCUACAAUUAUAAGUAUGAAAGAACGUAUGAUUGAAACUAUUACUGAUGCUGAAAGUUUUACUGAUGUUGAGCGUGAUGCUAAUUCAUAUAUGUAUUUUAGAGUGUUUACUAACGGUAUAUCAUCAUUAUCAACAAGAUCUAUUUCAGUUAGAUUAUCUACUAUAGAUAAUGAUAUUGAUAAAUUAUAUACGGAAUUUUAUAACCAAAUUGAAAGAGUUAAAAAUUUACAAGGGGGAUAUGAACCAAUAUAUUCAACUGAUAAAAGUAGUAAUACUGUAUUCUAUUUUACAUCUUUAUAUUAUCCAAAACCUAAGUCGGUAUUGUUUUGGGGUGAUGAUAUUCCUACCAUAAUAUUUAGAGAAUCAUUUGAUGUUUUUACAGCUAAUGAUUUAGAUAUUAAUUGUAUAACUCAAUGUUCUGAUUUUUUAGAAUCAGGUUUAGAAUGUAAUUCUUUACAAGAAAUAUAUAAUUAUUUUGAUAACAAAAUCAUAUAG